CAUUGUGCGGCGGGCGGCGAGUCCCGCGGUCUCUGUAGCGGGUGGGGCUCUCUGGUUCAGGUUCACCUCGGGCGCCUGUCAUCGACCUGUCGGCCCAGGAUGGACCCCGAGGAGGAAGCGGCGACACUGACGAUGGCUACGGGGCCGCCGGCGGAACGGCUCCAGGAGCCGGUGACUUUCCGGGACGUAGCUGUGGACUUCACCCAGGAGGAGUGGGGGCAGCUGGGCCCUGCCCAGAGGACCCUGUACCGUGACGUGAUGCUGGAGACCUUCGGGCACCUGCUCUCUGUGGGGCCUGAGCUUCCCAAACCCGAAGUCAUCUCCCAGCUGGAGCAAGGGGCUGAGCUAUGGGUGGCAGAGAGAGGAAUUGCCCAGGGCCGCUGUCCAGGCUGGGAGUCUGGACCUGAGGGCCGAGCACCGCCCCAGGAGCAGGGCCUUCCUGAGGAGAAGGGGCGGGAAGGCUUCCUGGGGGAGGCUCUAUGUCCCGCUACACCAGGGGAAGACUGGGAAUAUGAGGGCCGGGUGCAGGGGCCCGAGAAGGACCAGGGUAAUUUGAGGCAAUUGGAAUUCAGCCUCAAGGAAGCACUGGUUCAAGAUGGAAGCCACGAAGGUCUCAGACUUGGGGAAAACUGUGUCCUGAGUCCAAACCCAAAUCCCCUCCCGGAGACUUCCAGGACAGAGUGUUUGUGUGCUCCCGACUCAUGGCUUACAAGCUCGCAGCAGAACCCGAGUGCAGUCGGUGAGCAGAUGGGCUCCUCGGGAAGACAGCCGCAUGACAACAGUGACUGCAGCAACUCUUCUGGUCAGGCGGUUCUGGAACCAGAACCCGAGCCUGCGCGCAGCCAAGUGCCGGACAAACCCUACAAGUGCGCGGACUGCGGCAAGUCCUUCAACCACAACGCGCACCUCACGGUGCACCGGAGGAUCCAUACGGGUGAGCGGCCGUACGCGUGCAAGGAGUGCGGCAAGGCCUUCAGCCAGAACUCCUCGCUGGUGCAGCACGAGCGCAUCCACACGGGCCACAAGCCCUACAAGUGCGCGGACUGCGGCAAGUCGUUCUGCCACAGCACGCACCUCACGGUGCACCGGAGGAUCCACACCGGGGAGAAGCCCUAUGCGUGCCAGGACUGCGGGCGGGCCUUCAACCAGAACUCGUCCCUGGGCCGCCACCGGCGCACGCACACCGGGGAGAAGCCGUUCACCUGCAGCGUGUGCGGCAAGGCCUUCUCGCGCACCACGUGCCUGUUCCUGCAUCUGAGGACGCACACGGCCGAGAGACCCUACGAGUGCAGCCGCUGUGGCAAGGGCUUCCGGCACAGCUCGUCCCUGGCCCAGCACCAGCGCAAGCACGCCGGCGAGGGCCCCUACGACUGCCGCCAGAGGCUGGCCUUCGAGCCCACGCCGGCGUGGCCGGAGCCCCUGACCCCUGGGGAGGGGGCUACCCGCAGCGACAGGCCCUUCAGGUGCGGCCAGUGCGGCAAGUGUUUCACGCAGAGCUCGCACCUCAUCCGACACCAGAUAACGCACACCAGGGAGGAUCCCCGAGGCCGGGGCCGGCGGCGCCCGCAGCCCUGCAGCCGGAGCCCGCACCUCGGACGGCACCAGCUCGGGCCCACGGGUGAGAGCCCUGGGGCCGGGACAAAGGCAGGGCAGCCGGCAGGCAGGGCACUGGCCCUGUUUGACAUCCACGAAAUCAUGCAAGAGAAAAACCCAGUGCACGUUAUUGGGGUGGAAGAGCCUUCUGUGGGCACGUCCGUGUUGUUUGACAUCAGAGAAUCCACCUAGGGGAGAAACUCUGCGGAUGACUUUUGAACCACAGGUACAAAAAUGUGGUCUCCUUUCUUCUUCUUUUUUAGUCUUUUAUAUGUUGGGGGAAACAAACAACAGGAUAACCUAAAUUUUGUCCCCAUCCCAAGCCUGCCCAUCAGACCCUCCUUGGCCUGGUGGAGUGACUUCUGAUUUGGCGUCAAGUCACCAGGCUGUGCUGAGGGGCUGUGUGAAUGGUGUGACUCACUGUUCUGUUCUCAAAGUUCGUCUGCCCCAUCUCAAGCAUGGCUCCCCAUCUUGCUGGGGUCUCUGCUGGAAGACCUUCGGAAGACUUUUCAGCUGUCAAUGCCCAGGAAAGAGAGACGUCUGAGAAAAUGGUUCAUUUGUAUACGAUGCAGAACAUUCUAACAUGACCAUUUUCAUGUCCACAAUUGGAAACUUCGUCUGGAUCAUCUUUUUGCUUUCCUCCAACUUUACUCCUCAGGAAAGCAAAACCUUGUCACCUUUGUCUGUGCUGUUCUUGACAUAAAGAAGAACAUUGUGUUCGAGAUGUGAUCCUUGGUAUCUCAUAGCAGAAAGGAUUAAAACCAAGGAUUUAAACCUGCCUGCUUUCUAACCUACAAUGAAAGGCGAAAUGCCCAUCCUGCCGGGACACUAUGUCGUGUGCUCCGGUUAUACAACAUGGUUCCUUUUUUUGUUUGUUUGCUGUUCCCACUGCAGCUGAGCUCUAGUGAAGUUAAACACAAACUAUAAACAUCAAAAAUUGGAAGGAAGGAAAAUUGGUUAUGGUACAUCUCAGCUUGUGGAAAUUGUUCCUAAAAAUGUCCACAGAAUGUUGGGUUAGCAGAGCGUCAAGUUGAAUGGAAGAAGUAUCAUCGUGGAAGGAUACAACGGCAGUUCUAAGACCUCUGUCAGAAUGGCUGAGCAUCAGCUCUCGCUGCCGAGACGUGAUGGUUGAGUGUCAGAACCCUGUCAGAACUUUCUCGUGUCCAUUUCUGUUCUUUGGGUGCUGUGGGUGUCACAGCCAGUGGGGUUUCCAUCCCAGCAGAGCUGGCCUCCAGGACGCUCAGAGCCAGCCUCACUGCUCAUCUCCAGAGGUUCCACAAGAGCCCUCGAAGCCUCGCGUUUGCUUCUCUGCGCUCACCUGUCCUCUGGGCUUGUCCUCAUGGACUUCCCUUGUUGGCUCUCACUGUCACAACACCUCUGUCCUCGUGGCUUAGCCUGCACCACCUGCCACUUCAUUCUUAGCAAAUAACCUUCUCUUUCCAUGGCUCAGAAAAGGUGUGUUUUCAGACAGGCAGUGCCUCAGCUACGUCAGAGGCAGUGUUUUCUCUCCCACCCCGGCCCUCCUCAUCGCAGGGAGACUGCUGCAGCCUCAGCAGUUGCGUCCACGAUCAGGACUGGAGGACGGGGGAAGGGCAGGCCUAUGCUCGUCUCUCCAGUGAGGUUUCAAAGAAAAACCUUUCCCCGAAGCUUCCAGCCGGUGCUCCUUAUGUCUCACUGGCCAAGCCUGGGUCACAGGGCGCCGUCUAACGACGAGGGCGCUUGGAAAGCUAGUGUUCAGCUUCUCUAACCUCUGUGGCUGAGACCGCACCCUUCAGAAGAAGGUCUCGGGAAGCAGGUAAUGGAUAGGCAGCUGGCAGCACCCUCAGCCCUCCGCCUCCAGUCUCUUCUUGGAGGAGUCGCUCCAAGGAAGCGCACUUCCUGAUCAGAUGCCGCCACCGCCUCUCGGCUCGGCCUCUUCAUCCCCUGGAUAGUUCAGCCUGCCGGCCAGGCCCCCUUCCCUAUAAUGCUUGGUCCCCUGACAUUCUGGAACAGCCCACUCUUCCAGAUCCCUUCUACCUCUCGAGGGGCUUCUUGCCCUCCCCUCCCCUCCCCUCUUAAAUGUUGGGGUCCCUGGGGCGUGGUCCCGGAGGCCCGUUGCAUGCGCCGCUCACUCCCACAUCUUGGUCUCUGAGCUUCAGGCUAGAACAGCAGCUGCAUGCUGCUGGGCAGCUCCCCUAGAUGUCCUGCAAAGUCCCAAAACACAGCCUACCUGGAGGGAAAGGCCAUUUUCCAGGCCAAACCUGUUCCUCCUCCCCUGGGCCCUUGCACGGGGGUGGUUGCUACCCCUCACCCCAUCCCUCAAGCCAGAAGACAGAUAUCCUGUUAGUUUUACCAUCUGAACAUCUCAGCUGUCUUCAUUCCAUUCCAUUCCCACUGCCACCACUGGUGCAGGAUGGCCACGAGAGGGGGAGUGACAUGACACCAAGUGGCCUGGCCACCAGAGCCCUCCCCACUUUUGACUUUACCUCCUCACGGCCCCACCCGCGGUGUGGGGUGCAGACUCGGAAUGCUCCCACUGCCAGUGUGCUCUGAGGAGGGGAGUCCCCGCGGUAACUUCACAGCUCUGGACAGCGUGGAAUCCAGGCCUGCGAUUGCCCCGUUCCCUCCGCCUUGGCCCGAAAAGUGGCAGCUGCCGAAGGGUCAUGUUUCCACAGUUCUCAGAGUGGACACUGGGUGGGCUGAGGCCACAGUGGCCUCACCAGGUAAGCCUGGAACAAGCUUGUCACUGUUGCCGUUUGCCGCCCUCUCCCAUGCACUGUAGAUCUUUGGGAAUUUUCCAUUUCUCUUUUCGGGUCACGUUUUCUAGGCAUCAUAUUCCUACUAAUUUCCUUACAGAUGCUUUGAAACCAAGUCAGAUAAGAAACUCCUCAGGGGAAAUUACUAUAAACUAGGGAGAAUAUAUGGUUUCAUCAGUUUGUCAAAGUAAUGCAAAUUCUUUGUAGCGAAACCUGUAAAAUGCACAAAAGUAAAAUACACGUAAGUAUGGAGGCUUAUUUAAAUUUUAAUUCCUCAUACUUCCACCAUCCAGAGGUGGUCAUUACCUAAGAUUUUGUUAAUUUUCCUUGUAAUUUUUUCUUGAAAUAUGCAUGUGUGUAUACAUAGAGUGAACAUUAAAUCUUAUACACACAACAAAAAUAUUUAUGUGUAGUUAUCUUGUGUUUAGAAAAUUAGAAUCCCUUCUGUUUCUCUUGUAACAUGUACUUCUUUCUCUAUCUUGAACAUUUUCCUCUGAAAAUGGAUUUCAUGUAGCUUUUUAUAUUACCUUUCAGGAGGAUUGUAACAAUGUGACCUCCACCCAGCAUCUUACCAGCCUUGACUUUUAUCCAAAAGGGGGAGGAGGGAUUCAUACACAUUUCUGAAGGAGUAUGAAUUGAUACAGCCUCUGUGAAGGGCACUUUGUUGGUUGCUAUCUAAAUUACAAACACUUUGUCUCAGCAAACCAGUUGCUGAUAAUGAAUCCUACAGAUAUAUUUGUACCCGUGCAAACUGUAUGCAGUUUUAACCAUGGUAUUGAUCUCAAAAGUGAAAAUUUGGAAACAACCUCAGUGUCCACCACGUGGAACUGGCUAAGUGAUUUAUGGUGGACUGGCUGGCUUUUACACAGCCCUUAAAAUGGGGGCUGUCUUUAUGAACUGUGGAAAAGAGCACCAAGAUUGUUAAGUGGAAAGAUAUAAACCAGUUUGUAUGGUAUGUUUCCAUUUGUGUAAAGAAGAAGCCAUUGCUUAUGCGCGCACACACACACACACACACACACACACACACUAUAUCUGAAGGGUACAGAGUGAACAUACAUACUACUAUAUAUACUACUUGCUCUUGGAGAGGAGAAGUGAGGGGAAAAGGAUGAAUAAUUUUCACUCUAUAUCUUUUGAUAUUUUUGGAAUUUUGAAACAUGUAAAAGUAUUACCAGUUCAAAAAAUAAAUUUAAA